AUGGAGACGAGUGGAGAUGAGCUGCAGAUUCCCGAGGGAUGGGAAUCCAUUUUGCACGUGGAGCACGACGGCACCAUCGACGCCAAGAUGCUGCUGCCGCCCACAAUACGGAAGAAGAGCCACAGGACCCGCGGCAAUUUUCGGGUGGCGUCCCCUAUGCUGGGCCGCGCCACCGUCAGCGGCGGACACUCGACCACACCCGGCGGUCGAUUGUCGCCUCCGCUCACCACCGAGGAGGCCUUCCUCCGUGCCAUCACCAAUUUUGACGUGAGGAGCAAGGGCGACCUGGAGGAAGACGUCGCCGAAACCAUUCGCCUCUGCUUGAAGCGGCUCCUCGAACACGAGGACAUCCGGUACGGGAUUGCGGUGUCGAUCGAUCAGUACCUGAUCUCGACGUCGAUGCUGCAGAAGCACCUCGACGCCCACAAGAACCUAUUGACCACCUCCGAGCAGACCACUUCUUCUUCUUCCUCCUCCUCCUCCUCCACCACCACUACAGCAUCGGCGUCGUCCACCUCACCGGUUUCGACAUCGCCCACCUCACCGGUUUCGACAUCGCCGACGUCAACGACAACGUCAACGACAGCAACGGAAGAGGUCUCGCCGUCGUCAUCUCCGCUGUCGCCACGGCUCGACGGCAGCGGCGGCAGCGGCGGCUGGCGCGCGGUCCGCAAGAAACCGCACUCGCUCAACCGACCGCACAGCGAGGGCACGCACCCGGACGACCCGCUCGCGUGGCAUCACCACCACCGGCCCAUCGACCGCACCGGCAUGCUCACCUUUCGAGGGCUCAACGUGGACGAGCUGGCCAAGCGGUUCAAGCGCCGGCGGUUCAACCGGGCCAAGGAGGAGGAGGUGCUCGACAAGAUCCUGGAGACCGCGCGAGAGACGCGGAGCAGCGGCGGCGCGGUCGAGAUGGAGGACGUCCUGCGCGAUCUCAGGCUGACGCGAGCGAUGGUGUCAGUCGUUGAGAUUCUCUGCGGGUGGGAGAUCGACCGAGCGGUCUGCCUGAAAUUAGUCCACGGCGUGGUGGUGACUCGCAAGCAGAAGCCCACCCUCUCGCGCAAGGUGAGCGUGCUCGGCCUCGGCAAACGACUACCACCAUUCUGGGGCAACACGCUCACCUGCAAAGCCAUCACAACCUACUGCGCCAUCAAGCAGGUCUACAUGCAGCCGAUGCUGGGGCGGCUGCUCAAUCCCGACUACUACGGGCGCCUGGGCGGCGCCUGCUUCUACACGCUGCUCCUCGCCACCAAGAAGACGAGCAACGACAAGAAGAACCUGCUUCGCUUCGUGCUCGAGUGGGAGUUCGGCAAGGACCGGAUCGGCAUCGACCUGCGCAAGCUCAGCGGUGAUGCCGUCAGCGUCGGCACCAUCCGGCGCAACCACUCCAACGACAACAAUGGCGGCGGCGGCGGCCAGCUGACGUCAUCAGAUGACGUCAGCAUUCAGAUCGGGGUCAACGCGCGCAGUCUCGCGGCGAGUUCGGUCAACGUUGACUUGACCGGCCCUGCGGCGACGGGCACGGUCGACGCGUCGUGGCUCGAGACCGAGCUCGUGGGUCCGUGGAUGAGCAACUUUGCGCGCAGCCGCGAGGCGUGGAACGGCGAGAAGCACCUCGUUGUCAAGGGCGAUGGGCGCGUGAGCCGCGAGCGGUGGAACGAGGACAACGCCAUCAUCCUCGACGACCCGCCCGAGACGCACGACCUCUGGCGCACCGAAGCCGAAGGCACACACCGCACACACUCUCAUCGUUGUCGACAAAAGCCGUGGAACCUGUACUACCAGGAGAUCGCGCAACGGCCCGACUUUCCGCACAAGAUCGGCCGAUCGAAGGAGCUGAAGAGCAUCAUCCGCACCCACGGCAUUCUGCCCGACCUCCGGGGCAAGUUCUGGCAGGGCCUGAGCGGAGCCAACGCCAACAAGAGCCUGUUCUCCUACCAAUCCAUUUUGCUCAACUGCAACCGAGAAACCAAACACACUGUACAAAUCGAAAAGGACCUGAAACGAACCUUCCACGGCAACGAAGCGCUGGGCAAAUCGGACGAGGAGGGCAUUGCCGCCCUACGGCGCGUUUUGACCGCUUACUCGUGCGUCAACACAGAUGUGGGGUACUGCCAGUCGAUGAACUUCAUCUGCGCGCUGUUGCUACUCUUCAUGGAGGAGGAAGACGCCUUCUGGAUGCUCAUGACGCUCAUCGAGUACCUGCUGCCGUCCGACUUCUACGGUAGCACCAUGGAAGGGAUCAUCAUCUACACGCAGGUCUUCUCGAGCCUGCUCAAGACCCGCCUCCCGCGAUUAUCCGCCCACCUGGACCACCUCCAGACGGUGCUGCAAGUGUGGGACAGUCUGUACUACGAGGGGCCGUACGUGCUGUUCCGCGUGGCCCUCGCCCUCUUCAAGAUCAACGAAGCCGCCCUCCUCGACACGACGGACAAUGCGGACUGCUUCUACAUGAUCAAGCAGCUCCCGCAGAGCGUGAGCAAGGAGGAGCUGAUGGCGGCUGUCUUCGCCAAGGGGAGCACCAUGCGCGGCCUCAAGGCCGACGUUGGCCGCCUCCAGGCCGCCUGCCGCGCCGCCUCCGCCCUCGACCCCCACAAGCGCCGCGCCUCCUACAGCUCGGCCGACCUCAACGCAUCGUCCGCUGCGUCGGCGUCGGCCGCGUCGUCGGGCGGAGGCGUGUCGCCUCGUCGGUCGACGACACACGGCCAGCCCGCGGCGGCAGUGGCCACGGCAGCAUUGACGUCGACCGAGGCCGCCGGCGCCGGGCCGUCGCUGGCCUCGCUCUCGUCGCGCCUCCGCACCAAGGCGCCCAUUCCCACGCCCACCAGCACCGGUGGCGGUGAUGACACGUCAGCAUCGACAUCGGCCACGUCAGCAUUAGCCGCGUCGACCGAGGAGGCGCCGCCGCCGCUGCCGCCCAAGGUGUGGAAGCCGUCGUCCAAGUCGCGGAUCUACAGCAAGACGGUGGACCCGCACAUGUACCAGAGCCUGCGCACUCGGUGGCUCGAGCAGAUCGAGCAGCGCACCAAGGGGCCGAAUGCCGCCGGCGACGGCGAGGCCGAGGCCGACCACACCAAGUCGCCGCCGCUCUCGCCGUCUAUGGAGAGCGCCGGCGCCGGCGCCGCGCCGCCGAGCCCCGCGUUCAGCGACUGGAUCGAGCGACUCAAGACCAAGUCCGCCGCCGACGGGUCGCCCUCGAGCGGCUCAAGGGGCCGGCACCAGGCCGAGGCCGAGGCGGAGGUGGUGGAGGCGGAGGCGGAGGCGGAGAAGCCGAAGGGGUCGUCGGUGCGGGUCGGGCUGGUGUCGGGCCACGGCUUCCACAAGCGGACGGUGAUCAUGCAGCAGCGGCGGAAGGCCGACGAGCACAAGGUGCUGGCCCAGCUCCACCCGCAGUACGCCCAGACGCGCUACCGCCUCUCGUUCCUCAUCCGCGCCAACGAGGACCAGGGCUCCGAAGAGUAUCGCCAGCUGAUGCCGCAAACACGGGUGCUGCGACCGAACGGGCACUCGCACCGCACGCAGAAGGAGCUCGCCCAGACGUUCGAGUGA